AUGUGGUCUGGCUUCGGCGCACACCUAGCGCCUCAACAUGUGGUUUCACAACGCGCCGCCCAGCGCGUGCCGCUGUUGACAGCAGCAUCUACAGGAGGUGCCGCGGAGGAGGGUCCCGGUGGCACGUCGUUGAGUAACUCGGGUUACCCAGAUACCUUCGAGGAGGACGAUAGCGAUCGGUGUGAUACACUUCUGGUCGAUACUCCUGGCAGCGAGUCUCGGAGUCAGAGUGACGCUGAGUUUCGUGGGCCUCGUGCGGUCGAGCAAGCCGGCGACCAACGGCGAAGCGUCACGCGAGAGCAAAAGCAAGACGUUGGUAGGCGAGAUGGACGAAGAUGGGAGAAGACCCAUAGCACCGGAGAAACAGGAAAAGACGAUCAUGGCCGCGGUGUGAGCGAGAGGCGUCCAGGAGGGGGCCCAAGAGAUGGCGCGCGGCGACUUUGUUCGCGGUCUCCAGGACGCGGCAUGGUGCAGCAGCAAGGGAUCGAGCGUGUAUUGUCAGGCAACCGGCGUUUCGAUUCGGACGGAAUGUGGAUGGAUCUCGGAGGAAACGACGGCUACGACAGGCGCAGACCAAAUUGCGAUGGCAUCAAUCCACUUUCUGGCAUCCAUGAUAAUGUGCAAUCACACCAGCUCCCUGGUGUCACCACGGAAGCAACAACUUGCUGCGGGCGUCUCAGAGGGCGUAUGCGGCAGUGCACGGCAGAUUGCCGAGCGGGGGCGCGCACGACAGCGGAAAGGUUCAUACAAUGGACUUUUCUGUUGGGCCGCAUUGCGAUUGGCUACAUCUACCGCUGGUCUCAGUGGGUAGCGGAGAACCUGUUUCAACUUGAAACGCUCGAAAAAUGGUGCAUCAAUCCCGUUUACGACUUUGCUGCGAGCUUCUACAAGUCCACAGUCCUGCGCAUAGCCCCAAAAGUCGACUCGUAUAUUCCCAGGAGGCUUGGCAUCGUCUCAUUUCUCAUCAGCAUUAAUCUGGAGCAGGUAAAAUGUCGGGGUUUUUUUCAUCGUCUUUGCAUUUUUUGUUUAGAACAAGCACCAGUGUUGCAUGUGUGAAUUCGUUGCGGUAUUUGUAGUGUAGACGAGCAUUCCUUUUCUUUGAUCAUGAUUAUCGUCUCUACUAAGCCAUUAUUGUUUCAUAUGCGAUCUACCACCUCGACCUCGAUGGACAAGUAUCCACAGGUAGGUCUGGGGGUCUUGUUUAUACCCUACGCUUAUACGCUGGACAGUCUCAACGGCUUCUAUGAUGGACAGUUCGGGACCACGGUGGAUAGUCUGAAUGUGUGGUAUGCUACGGUGACUUCCGACGACGAUACGGAUGCUAUCGACUAUGCCAAAUACGCUGCUGACUUCAAGCGAGAAUUUCGAGAGCACAAAAUUGCGACCGCUGGCUUUCCGAAUGCAACUAGUAAUGCGGGUGUGGCUGGCGACGGUCAAGCUGCUAAUUCGGGACUGUCCUCAGAUGCAGACGUUGGAGGGGGAUCGUCUUCUUCUGGUUCUCGAGUUGGAGGAUCACGGAUAAGCAGACCCGCGAUCCGAAUAGGCAAAAUCGCCGGAGACGAUGACGAUAAUUUCACUGGCGGUGUUAUGCAUUUGGUCGAUGUCAUUACAGGGCGCGUAGCACCGACAUCGGAUGAUUUCGGGAACGACUCGUCUGAGAAUGUUGAUGUCAACGACGGAGGUGUAGAUGAGAAUGAACUUGACGAAGGUGGCAAAGACAAAGACGUGGAUGAUCAGCCUCCUGCUGGAGCGGUGCCAAACAAGGCGAGAAAAACCCAUCCGAGCACGACAGUGGACAGGGACGCAAAAAGGCAGAGCAACGGCACAACGCAAGCUCCACAAGAUUUGGCGGAUUCGUCACUGAGUGGCGCGUUUUAUGCAGCGAUAUUUGGAAAUGGGAGCUCUGCCGAUUGGCACAGUCUUCGCGCGGAGUUGGAAGAGAAUAGCAUAGUGCAACUAGGUGCUUUUUGCAUCAUCGCUUGUCUCGUGGCCUGCUUAUCUGUGAAAAUCUCACUACGGUUGUACCAGGGCAGCUGUGUGACCGAAUCUGCGAACAUCUCGCAAGCAUGGGACAUGACCACUCGCGAAGUUUGGAGUUUCCAGUUGCGCGCUUUUUUUGGCUCCCUGUAUCAGCUUUUGCUUUUCGUCGACUGCGUCGCUAUUGCGUGUCUCCAGUACACGGUGAACUGCUGUCUAGUUAAAGAGCUGGUGCUUGCGAAGGUGCGAGACAUUCAAGCGGAAUUCGUACCAGAUGUUGCUAGUUUUAGUGAUCGUAGUACGUCUCCAAAAACGUAUCUCUCUGAAGCGUCGUCCGCGGCUAACGCGGCAACGCAACGGGUCGAAGACGCCUUUAACGGACUGAAGUCGAGCUUUUCAGAGAAUGUUCAUAACUUCUUCCGGGAUGACGCGGCAAAGCUUGAAGGUUUCGUAUUUCUCUGGGUACUGUUCAGUCUCAUGCUUUUGUUUCCGUUCGUUGUGAAAUCGCGGGAGAACUGGCUCAUGCUGGAAGUAGGGAUGAGCUAUAGCAAGGGCGAGCGCGUCGGGACCGCCUUCGGUAUACUAGCACUGCUAACUCUUGUGGGGAAUCUAUGCUUGAGUGCAGUUUACAGUAUCCUGGACGUUCCUCAUGCUUCAUCGGAGCAAGGACAUCAUCCAAAUAUUCUCAGCCAAACGUCCACCACACCAUCGAUGUUAUCGGCGGCCGAUCCGUGGCCGCGAGAAAUUUCGUCCGCAGCUUUUUCUCCUGAGAAUAUAAGAUCAGGAGCCUCUACUAGCGUUGUUUCUGAUCACGAAGGUGACAAGUCAACCACAACAACAAAUAGAGUGACGGCGGAAGGGGACGGAUGCCAUGGGAAGGGCAACAUAGUUCGUAGUGGAAGCUCAGGUGAUCGUGAUUGCAGACCGAAUGAAAACAGGAAGUUUUUGCCACCGUCGGUAUCUGAGAAGAUGAAAACAAGUCGGAUCUUCUGGGUUUGGUCCCCAGGUCCCAUGGAGGAUGCCCAAGUUUCGAAGUUUCCUGCAGCUGAUGCUACCACUCCUGAUGUUGAAGGUUCCAGUGCGCAAAUGGAGACUAUAAUCUUGGAGCAAGCGAAAGGUGAUCAACAACCUUCAAGUAGUACGAUAAUGUCUGGAGAAUUUUUUGCCAGCUUUUUUUCAUCGCUCCAUUCUUAUUGGCACUCCCUCAAAACGGCUUUGACGCAAUUGCAGCAGUCAACGACAAAGAGCUACUUAACUUGCGUGCGUGAAUUGCGACGAUUUCGUGGCUACUGUCUUGGAAUUGCGCUACUCUACUUCGCGUUUUUUCUGAACCAGCUAGAAUACCCUUUUAUUUUGCGGCACCACCCGCGUGGCGACGAUAUUUUGCGGGCAACGCAGCUUUUGGGUCUAUGCUUCAAUCUUUGCCUUGGCAUCGGUCUGGCACGCGUUAAAACGGAAGCCAGCUUAUUGUUGCCGUCUUCUUGGGUGCUGUGUCGCGUAUGUCUGAUCCUUAGCCUCUUCUUCGCAUUAGGGACCAAUCUGCGGAGACUGCAAAUCUAUAUCUUCAUGACGGCUGCGAACUUCUCGAAGUGGUUUCUUGUGCAAUACGAGAAGAGGACCGGCGCCCGCGUCGUGAAUCUUAAGUUCAUACGCCGAGAAAACUUUCCACCAGACAUGGAGGCGUUGCUAGGGUACGACUCGGAUGACGAAGUAGCAGCACGUAGUGCGCCGUCCCUUGAUGAUAAUUUCCGGUCGCGCUCUACUCUAUCGCUGCAGCUACCACUUCGUCGUAGUGCUUCCCGAGGUGGAGUAGCAGGAGGUGAAGCACGCGCGAGUCCUAGUGGUGGCGAGGCGCUUGACGGCAGUGCUUCCCUUCGUCGCAAUGUGGCGCGACGAAGUCCACAACGCCGGCGUAGAAAAGUUAGUCCUCUGCGGCCAAUCACGUCGUGGGAGAAUCGCAGUCAGGCUUGCUUGAGUCGCAGUCGCUCGCUGCCGGGUGGCGUAGGUUUGAUGGCAAAGGAAGGAUGGUACAGAGGAGGCGCAGCUCCUGAGGGGGACAUUAUGGAUGUUGCGAGUUCAGACGGCGAAGGCCUUACGCAAGUCAUACCAGCGGAUCCGGGAGGAACGAUUCCUAAAGAGGCGUCUCCACUCCGCGGUCAAUCGCAACAAAAGUCUUUGCUCUUGGGUGCUCCACCAGCUGGUGUGGUUCGAUCUCAAAGAUCCCGAUCGGGCGGCGCGCCGAAGACUUCCCUAGCUACAAUUUACUCACAAGGAAGCUUGCUCGAGCCGAAUUCCAAAAACUCUAGUGGAAAUGUAGAUGAAGCUAGAGGAGCAGAAGAUGAAGAUAUCAUCAAUCACGGAAGGAUAGACAUACAGACAGUUGGGGCAAAGGACAUAGAACAUGCGCUUGGGGAAAAGAUUUCAGUAGACGGAGAGCACUCAACAGGAUCUAGCGGAGACAUAGUCGUUGUGACCAGAGGUGCGACCCUAACAUUUGAAGAACAAAACGGUGUCGAAGUUGGUCAAGACCUGCAAAUCAUGCAAACAGUGGAGGUCGACGAUGAUCUUGUCGUAGAUGAGGACGAUAGAAAGUAUCUUGACGUAGGGAGAGCUGACAGUCUGGUCGUUGUCGACGAAUCUGAUAGGACCACCGAGAGGCAAGGGCAGCCUUCUUCUGUUACGACUCUGAAGCCAGGAAGUGGCGGACAACCUCGUUACCGGACGACUUCAUAUCCCGCCGAGGAUGAUAUAGAGCCACGACGUCGACGUGCAUCGCCAUCUGCAGGGAUCUCCAUUACAAGUCGUAGCUCGAGCUCGCUAGCACCACGCAAUCUGCUACAGCGAGAUAGCGGAGCCACGAGUCGCAACAACAGCGUCUUCGCGUCGGCUACACUCGGGACAUUGCGUUUAUCGCCACUCACCACUGGACUCGAGUCUCCAGGCGACGACCACGUACUAACUCGGCUAGAAUCCCCCAUGGGUACUACGCCGCCCACAAUCGACAUUCGGGGUUCAAUAUCACACAUAGAUUCGCUCCCAGAUCUGCUUUCGCGCUCUUCUACUUCGCAUUCUCAAACGUGGGCAACACCGCGUUCGUACGCUGCCGAAAGCAGUUCGCAAGGUCAAAGCAGUUCUUUCACUGAGGCUCUCAGCCAAGUGCCCUCGUCGUUGCCCUCAAGAACUAGUUCGAAACAGCUUGGAUUACGAGCAGAUAUUACAAAUGACUCUUCGCAGGCGAAUAUCAAAAGCACUGCUGGCUGUGGUCCGGGGAGUGGCGAAAGGAGUCCUUUUCUUUUGGAUUCCUCGGGCGGUGUGGCAGUGGCAGGUCUCGUGCUUCAGCUGAUGCCUUCGACUCUUCUCGAGGCAGCGAGCGAGCCGCCUACAGCGCAGCGGCCACCACCAUCGCACUCAACGAUUACAAUCGAGGGCCGUCAGCGAAGUUCUUCAGACGGCGCAAGGUCAGAUUAUGUGGCGUCUGCACAGAGAAUGGAAACGGUGACGGAUGAUAAAAGACUAAUUGGCGCAGGCCCGAGCCCUAGAAGACCUUUGGGACCAGGGGAAGGAGAAGCCGAGCCCUCACUCGUGGCUCCGACUUCUGGCCAACGCCAGCGCGCCGCAUCGAUGUCGCCUGACACUCUGACCGAAGACGGACGAAAAACGCCUCUCUUACUGUCAAGCCAGCGACACGAUUCUUCACCCACCUCUCACGAAGAUACGCCUUCGGACAAGGGUAGACUGGCAAAGAGCGGUUCUAUGAGGUCGACGAAUGAUAUGGCAAGUAAAUAUCUUAAAGUGCCUGGUCGAGGCCGAAACGAUCGAACACGAGGCCCCCGUCAGGAAGCAGUUGAUCUGGAGGCGCAGACGGAAUUGCCGGUGGCGGCGCAGGACCCUCGAUGGAGACAGAGCUUUCACGCUGUGCGCAGUGGUAUUGCGUCUUGGUCGAGCCAGAUGCUCGCUAGUUGGCGCCAGUCCGCGCAAACUGGUGGUGACAAUAUUCGAACGCAGGAAGCCGAUGCGACCUCUGUAUUGACACGCACCUCCACAGCCACGGCGCGGGUCGGCGUGCCGGCGUACGACGAAAAUAAUAUGAGUUUACAGGAUCUCGAAACCAUCGUUCUUUUCCCCCAGUCGAUUGAAGUCCACGGCAAAAAGGAUAUCGUGAAUUGGCGUGUAGUGAUGUCCUGGUUUCCCCUGGAGGUGCAACAGUCAUCGCGACACCUGCUUGGCAUGAGCAAUAGCAAAGAGGUUUCCGGCAGUGGAGGAAUUGCACCUCGUCGUCAGUACGCCACCCUGGAGGACGUGUCCUAUGAUCGUCGGUAUCGCUUACUGGAAUCAUCCGUCGGCCAGUUAGAACGCGGGGAAUCCGCGCGCAAAGGCCGCUUUGGUGGUCGUUAUUCAUCUGCCGGGAGUCCGCAACCGCGUCGCCGGGAAAAUGGGAUGUUUGACUCCUCCGCAUCGUCCGUGAGUUCUUCCGCCAUUGCAGCUUCGGCAGACCUGCGUCGCUUCGGUAGAAGAAACAAAGACUUUCGUGGCAACCGCAAUGCAGAUGUCCGAAGUCGAUAUUUCCAAUACGAUAGGACAACGAAGCGGAGGCUGGUGGAUGGCAAAAGAAAUCGUCGUGGUCGGGGACCUGCAGGGAAAAGAAAGGCGCAAGAUUUGUACCAAUGCUCUGAGACAACGACGAGCGGACACGACAGUCUGAAUAUAUCGCCGCGCCUAAUACAAACUCGGCCUCCUCCUUUCUUCGAUUUCAAGGGUGCUUUUGAGGCAGCAGCACGAUCGCGAACUAACGGGCUUCGCAACUCAGCAACCCAAGAGGACGGCGGCAGCGGGUCCAGUGCCAAUAGUUCUGCGUCGGGCACGUCUUCCUCUGCGGUCGCUCAAAUAGACAGCAAUGGCAAGAGUCGGUCCCGGGAUGUCGGCGGCGCCCCCAUCAGUCUCAUGCCCUUUGGCGCCGUGACGACUGAAAGCGAUAAUGGACCACCGAAUUCAUCGGUGAUGCAAUUUCGCCGUACGUCAGGUCGCGCGUUCGCGCGAUUUGCGGACAGUAGUUCGGACCUCAACACACGAGGAGGAAGUGGCGGGAGUGAGGAGGAACGAACGCGGCAGCUUCGGGAAUUGGGUAACUACAUCCGAGGCCCCGGGUCUUCCAGGGGAGGUGGGCUAGGCUUCAACGGGGAGGGCGUCCUCCCAUCGAAUACUCUACUACCCCCAGCGAACAACCGGGGAAUGAAUUUGAGGACGCUGCUAGGAGGAAGAAGCACCCGAGACAGGAUGAAGCGUAGCAGCUACGCUGGCAGCGAUGAAAGCAGUGUGGUGCUCGCGACACGCGCAAGUGAAACCAGUGCGCGUGAUGCUCCGUACUACCGCUAUUUCCUCGGCGGUUCUUAUGCCGGAAGUUUGGCGCCUCGCACGAUUUCACACGCCUCGAGAACUGCUAAAGAUAGACGAGGCGACGACGCUACCAGCGGGCCCUUAUGUGACAGUCCGGCUGAAGAAACCGUAGAAGAGGAUCCUUUGCGCAAAUACUUGGCUGCUGACGAGCAGCCUGCUAUCUUUAGGAUGGAGGCCAUACGACAAGUACAGCUAGGGGUUCCGCACUCGUCAGAGCUGAACGCUACCCAAGCUGAAGAUGAAGCAUCGCGAGCUGCCGAAAUAGCAACAGCGCCGCAUACUGCGGUAGAAGGCUCCGUGUAUCCUUUUGAUAGCGUUUUUCUUUCGGCCAGUGCGAAAAAGAGAAUGGUGGCGAGUCGCAACUCAGGAGCCUCAGGCGAAGAACGUCCUGAAUUUUCAUUGCGCGGUCUCAACGGUAGUUUACAGGCGUCCUCCAACUCUGAUGGGGGACAGGAAGUUUCCACAUCGCCAAUGCCGUCAGCACCGCUUCACACACCACCUCAACAGUCUCGUCCUGGAAGUGUAUCAGCACCUUUUUCAGCACCACAGAACCCCAGGGCAUCGCAAAGCAAGGCAAAUCCCGGAAAAGGACAAGCUUUCCGCACAUCAAUCACCCAAUUUGAAGAUCUAUUUACUGAUCGCAAUGCGGGGCUAUCGACGGAUAAAUCGCCGCUCCUAACAUCGGUUGCUGGUGCAUUCGGAGUCGACACUGCUCACGAAGCGAGCAACUCCCUAGGAGGUGGCAGAGCAGGUGGUCUGGGUCAAACAGGAGCGACCAGCACCAGAGGGGCCCGGCAGGCACUUGAUAUGGAGCUCGGUGCAUCAGUGGCGGAGCAGCCUAAUCAGGAACAAUUACGGGAGGACGUGGAGCAACGGCUUGCUUUAGAUCCAAAAGGCCGUAAGUUAGCGCUUGUGAACAUGAAUCGUGACACGUUUGUGACACAGUUUUUCUACCCGCGACCGAAGCUCUUCGCGAAGAACGGGAUUAUUUACAAGCUGAUGGGUGUGGUCGCACUACUAGUUGUCGGAUUCUGUAGCUUUGUAGUGAUUUGGCUUACACGGAGUCGGCAGCUUCAUUCCCUAGAACGCGCAUCAUAUGCAGCACAGCAAGCGCGACGCGGGCAUCAGCAAGGUAGAGGAGGACCCAUUCCAGUCGCACGUACAAAUCUUGAUCUGUUGCAAGAAAAAGUAGUGUUGCCUUCAUCCUCAACUGGCGCGUCCAGGCCACAGCCACUCGAGGGACACUCUAUUUUCACACAUCUGCAUGACCAGGCAGGCGACAUUCAAGCAGAGAGCAGUCCGGCUACAAACAAUCUUGGUGACCAAGUACAACAACAACAACAACAGCUCGUCGUGGUUCGAGCUGCUGAUAGCAAUCAAAAAGAACAAGUGCUACAUGGUAAUACUGCAGACAAGAAAACUAAUCCAUCGACCGCAGCUAGCAGGCAACGGCGCACAACUCUCAUUUUUCUCGCAGCGAACAAUUCAUUCUUUCUCGAGGGCGCGACACUUUACAUGGUCGAGUGGGUGAGUUUUUUGGUCAUUUCCAAGAUUUUACUACUCUUGAUAAUUGCUUUGUUGCUUUUUCCAAGCAUCGCGGGUAGAAAUUCAGACCGUGCUACCGUGCGGAGGGUCCGAGUCACCAAAGUCGAACUGCUGCUUGUUGCUUUGUGUUGGCUCAUCGCUUUCUACUAA